AUGACCAAAGUAGCGGGGUCGGAGACGCUUCCGAAUGACGUCAUAGAACCGGCAGCGCGAACGGUUCAGCGGGUAUAUCGCGGUCAUCGCGCACGUCGUGAACUGCGUGGAUGUGGUCUAACUGCUUCCACGCGAUGGGUCGAGGCCUUCAGGGAAGCCCAGUGGCAACAACUUCACCGACCGCCCGAGCCCCGAGCUGCGCUGAGUGACGAACGCUCAAAUCAAGCCCGUCGGAACUGGCAACGCGCCGUGAGUGUUGCGAAACGCGCCGGAGGAGAUGAUGAUCGUGCUACGGAGCCAUUGUCUGGGAGCGGGGCGCAAUCGGAACACAGCACAGAGAUCGCUUCGGGGACACAGGCUAAGAUGAUGGAUGUUCAAUACUUUCUAGAGAUGGUUGAUCUCAAACAUCGGCAUGGAAGCAAUCUACGCGCGUAUCACACAUUCUGGCGCAAUUCAUCGUCGAGCGAAAACUUCUUCUAUUGGCUGGACCAUGGAGAAGGACAGAACGUGGAAAUUGCGCAGUGUCCGCGAGAUCGGCUCGAAAGGGAACAAGUCCGAUACCUCACUCGCGACGAACGCAUGAAUUACUUGGUGACUGUGGACGAAGCGGGACUCUUCCGGUGGGCCAAGAACAAUGAGCCAGUAUGGACCAGCACGGCAAAAUUCAAAGACAGUCUGCGAGGAGUGGUACCGAUUGAUGAGGAUGUCCCAGAGUUUAGAGGGAAUUUAACGACCUCGGGAUCACUAUCUACGGGUGCAUCAUCGUCAUCAUCCCCCUCAUCCUUGUCAUCCUCCUCGGGCCAAAGUCUUGGCAGUGUUCUAUCGCAGGAUCAAGUGAAGCCAUUCACUGACGAGGAAUACAAGGCUGCAAAAUUGAUGAAAAAAGUAGUCCAUGCAAAUCCGGCUGCUGCCGUGAAACGUCUGCUUGGUAGACCCUCCAAAAAGGAAGACAUGUGGAUAUUUGUCGCCGACACAUCCUUUCGUUUGUACAUAGGCAUCAAGAAAUCUGGUGCUUUUCAGCAUUCUUCAUUUCUUCGAGGUGCGCGCAUCGCAGCGGCUGGUAUGAUCAAGAUAAAAGACGGUCAAUUACGCAGUCUGGCACCAAUGAGUGGUCACUAUCGUCCCCCGGCCGCCAACUUCCGUGCUUUCCAUCAUGCCCUUCAGCAGCAAGGCGUCGACAUGUCGCACGUGUCAAUGAGCAAGUCUUAUAUCAUGUUGGCUGGAAUCCAAGGAUAUACAAAAACGAAACGAAAGGUGCGCGUUGCGCAUGAGAAGGUAGACCAUUCAAAACAAAAGCUCCACGGAACCGCGGAAUGA